AUGUCGACGACCUCCUGCCACGGCUUCAGCCACAUCUACAGGAGUAAGAGUGUGUCCAUGAAGGCUUUCUGGACCAUCAGCCUCCUCAUCCUAAUGGUUUUCUACUGGUUCUCCGUGCUCUCCCUCCUCUCGGAAUUCCUCGAGAGGAAGAUCAUUUCACAGACAACCACCGAGAAGGCAGACAUGACUGGACUUCAGAUACCUAGUUUGAUCAUCUGCAACCGUAACUACUUUUCAAAGAAGAAACUGCAAAACUUCGGCCUGGACGGCAACGCCUCCAGCUACCUCAUGCUGAUGGCGGGCAACCCCUCACUCGCCAAGACGAACCUCAGUGAGGAGGACCAGGCGGUACUGCAUCAGGCUGAUCUCGCAGUUCACAGCGUCCUCAGGCAGCGCAACCUGACCCUGUCGCAGCUGAUCAACGCUCUGGCCUACAAGUGCGAGGAACUAAUCGUGAGAUGCAUGCAUAACUUCAAUUACAUCAAAGGCCAGGAGUGCUGCAAGUACUACGAUCCUACAGAAACCCAAGUGGGUCUGUGUCAUAUGUUUGUGUCUCGGCCGCAGACACGACAGUUACUGAACGGAGAGUACAUGGGCGUCAGCUUAUACCUGAGGGUGCCUGAGGACGACGUGCCAGAACUGUCAAGGCACAUUCUCGACAUGACCCAAGUCACGAAAUUCGGGCUUCACAUCACGGUGACCAGCAACCUGACCUACCCGAAUUUAGCCGUGGCAUCCCAGGGCACGACUCUGACCCCGGGCGCGCUCACCUCCAUCGCCCUGCAGCUCACCGAGAUCAACGAAGAGAACGUGAGGACGGGGAUCGACGUGUGGGAACCGCCCUGCAUCCCCGCCCACAGCCUCGACCUCCGGCACGACGUGGGCGCCUUCCUCGACAACAACAUCAACUGUUUCGACCGCAUCGUCCUCAGCUGCUUCCUGGAGCUGUGUGGCUGCGCGCUCUACGCCCCCAUGUGCACCGUGGACGAAACGAAAAACUGCUACAGGCUGCUAUUCCUCGAACUGAGUAAAUUCAUGAAGACGAACGCUUUCGAUGACCUGGCUGCCGGAGACGAGGACGAGGGCGUUCUCGAAAAAGCCAGGCAGUGCAUCGUGGAUAGUGAGUUUGUUUCGGUGUUUCCUUGGGUAUUUUACUGCAUCACAGUUCACAGCGAGUGCCGAAACAAGAGGGUGUGUCGCCACUCCGAAUACGACUACACCGUCACCACGUCUCCGAUCCAGCCCGAAAUAAUGGACGUGAUUAUGCAAGAUCUGGACAUCGAGAACGCGCCACUCCCAGAACCUGUAUUCUCUUCAGAUGAAAAGGUCGGAUCGAAAGUUGCUUCAGUGACGGUCUUCUUCUCCACGAUGGAUUACACACUCAUCAAGCUCUCUCGCAUGGGCCAGGGGGAGCUGAUCGGUGACUUGGGUGGUUACAUGGGCCUGUGUCUCGGAAGCAGCAUCAUCACCUGGAUCGAAAUCGUCAUUUACAACAUCACCUUCUGCUUCACCAUCUUCAAGAUAGUGAUGAAGAUACUUCUCGAGAAUGAGUGUAACAAGGUCUACACUGUAAAGAAAUAUACUGUACAUGACCGAACUCGCACCUCCCUUGGAAAUGAGCAAAGACGCCCCCAGGUUAAGAUCCACGGCCUCGGCGUGUAG